AUGAUCAGAUAUGGAGUAACAAUAAAUGAUUACGAAUUUAGAAAUGAUGUUAUUUAUUAUACAAUUCAUGUUAAUGGUGAAAAUGCUAUCAAAUCACUUUAUAAACGAUAUUCGGAUUUGAAAGCCUUAAACUAAUAAUUAUAUAAGAAAAAUAAUGAAUUCAAGUUAAAAUUAACAUUUCCAAGAUUUCCUAGUAAGAAAAUAUUUGGAAGAACAAAAAAUUCUUAAAGUGACAUUAAAACGAGAGUAAUUAAAUUCUUAAAUUCUUAGGGUUAAGAACUAUAGUAAUAUUUAGAAAUCAUACUUAAUAUUCCUACUUUAUGGUCAUUUUAGUUUUUGAGAGAAUUUUUACCUGAAUCACAAUUAUUAGAUGAAACAUGUAGAUUAGAAUAAAUUAAAACUGAAUAUUCAAAAGAUUUAUGUUGGUUAUAAAUGGAUGAACUGAAAAAAUCAUUUCUUCAAAGACAAGAAUAGUUUUAAUUAACUAAAAAAAAUAAAUAGAAAGGGAAAGAAAUCUAAGGAUAUUAUUAGAGAUAUCAUUUUGCAAUAAAUGAUUUUACUAUUAAAAAUGAUUUUGUUCUUUAUUUGAUUACUUUAACAGACACUAAAAAAACUACAAAAUAUAGUUUCAAAACAAGGUACAGUAAUCUUCGAGAUUGUCAUCAUUUAUUAGAAAAAUAAUAAUUUAAAAAUAGUCUUCCUCAUUUUCCUAAAAGAAGAUUGAUAGGAUAAACAAUAGAUAAUCCAUAACAAAUUUAAGAAAGACAAUAAUAAUUAUAAAGAUAUUUAAAUUAGAUAUUUAGUAUUUAAGAAUUUGUGGAAAGUGAACCUUUAAUUUAUUUUAUAACAAGAAUCAAAUUAGAAGGCAAAUCCAUUAAAUAAAAUUUAACAGAAAGAGUAAGUUAGUUUUCAUAAUAAGUAAAUGGAUCUUCGUUUAAUAUAAGUUAAGGAAUUGAAAUAAUUCCUGAAUAGAAAUCAUGUUGA